UGAGAAAUGAAACUAUUUAACACUUGUACUUUAUUACUAUACUUAAUAGCAAUUAUCGGUUGCUUUUCUGUCGAAAUUUUCGUAGGUCGUGCUCGGCGGUAAUGAAAAAUGCGAGGGGCGGAGCGAGCAACCGCAACCCCGUGGCUUUAUAUAGACGGAGCCCUACAUCCUGCCGGCAUUGUCGGGCAGAUCAUUCAUCUCGGUUAAAAUGUGGAGAAUUAUUUGCAUAUCGUUGUUAGCUUGGUUCCUGCUGGUGAAGGACGUGGCAAGCCAGGAGUACCUGCCGCCCAAGCCCGGCGGCGGCAAGAAGCCUGCUCCAGAACCUACUUUACCAGCGAACUACGAUUUCUCAUACAACGUGGAAGACAGCGGCGUCAGCUUAGACUUUGGGCAUAAUGAAAAGCGUAAGGACGAUCGUGCUACCGGCUCGUACCAUGUGCUCCUGCCUGAUGGGCGCAUGCAGCUGGUCGAAUAUGAAGCCGGCCCUGAUGGAUAUAAACCACAGGUGAUGUACAUGGGCACAGCAACAUACCCCGCGCCGUCGGCGGACAAGUUCGACGGCUACCACUAUAACGCGGCGUCCAACCGCCAGAGCGUGCGCCAGGCCGCGCCGCGACAGGCCGCUCGCACCGCGCCGCCCUCACCCGCACCCCCCGCUCCUAUAGCUGCCCCCGCUAACGCCACGCAAUAGACCAUGGAUUCCUAAAUUCCCGCGGGAUCAAUCAAGCCUGU